AUGGAGAAGAAUGUCAGGUUAAAAGCUUGUGGUACCUGAUAUAAUUGGGCAGCGAGUACCAAACCUGUGUUGUUCCCAUGCAACAGAAGUGGCUGAUAUUCACUUGACUUUGUGGAACAGAUGGAGAAUCCGUCCUGUGAUGGUGUGUGGCUAGGAUUUCUACCAUGAGACUGAAGUACUUUACUCUGUGACUUUUUUUUUUUUUGCAAGCUUGACCGGAUUUCAGACUCAGCUAAACAUGGGGGAGGAUGGGAUCUCUGCCGCUAAAUGCCCUCCUUAAACUUUUCUCAGGACUUUGAGAGGUCAUUAAUUUCGUCAGCCCUUUCUAUGUCUCUGACACCGGCCAUCAAUCAAAGUUGUUAUUAGUAUUCGCUCGACCCCAAACUCCGACUACAUCCCUGCUCGUACAGGGACCACACACUAGUAGGAAGAGAUUAGGCCUCUGUGUGUCACGUCACUUAUCCAGGGACCCUCGGUGACGGCCGCUGCUGAAUAAGUGAAUUCUCAGGGAUGGAGGGCGUGGCGGUAAUGUUUAACAAUAUCACAACAAUAUGGAUCUGUGUAGUUAACACCCUGCUGGUGGAGGGGGAAAGGGCGCCGCAGAUUACUAAUGAUUUUCUUGAAUUGCGUAAACUCGCUUCUCCUUUGAGAUUUGGACAUAAAACUUAAGAAAUUCAACGUGAAGAUUGACCUCCAUGGUUAGAGUAAAAACAAAAAGGGUCAUUUAUCACAGGAUGUAACUACGCAAUUAACAAACAACCUCACGUUGUAAAGUCAGGAGAAAGUCAAAACCUCAUCAGUUAAUAUUUUUCUCUCUCAGCUCCCUCUCUUCCUCUGCCUCCUCCUCCUCUUCCUCCUCCUCCUUCCCCUCUCAGCUUUUAUACAACAAUAGAAACUUGUUUCCGGGAUCUGUGCGUCAGGGCUCUGUGAUGUGAAUGACCCACCAGCACAAAAGCCAAAGCCUUUGACUGAGGAGGAAAAUGGCUGCUGCAACUGUGGUGAUGUCACUUUGCCAAAAACUGCUGCUGCUCACAAAGAGAUAGAGGCCGGAUCAGUGCUGUGAGGCCGAGAGCCCCGUCACUGGACCACUGCAUCAGACGUCUCUGUGUUUCAUCAAAAAACAUUCCACUGAGAAAUGCAUCUUUUAAUUUACAUGUUUUUUGUUUUUAAAGAAAGAUACAAUUGUGCACAAGCCACGAAAGAAAGAUUGGAGAAGACAUUUUUAAAUAUGUUUGAUCCAACAUGCUACCAGGCUCUCAAUGAUUCAGUAAAGUAGAAAAUAUAAUAUUUGCACUCAAAUUUGACUAGAAACAGAGGUUCGUGACUGCCUGUAAAGAAAGCAUGUGCAGGUCUGGGGUUCAAAUCCCACCUCGGCCACUGUGCUGUGUUGAGCAAACACCACUUCCCUUCCUGGCUGCUUGUGAAAGUGGUCACUGCUCCAGAAAUCAGUUGAUGGGUGAAUUACAGAGGACAAAUGUUGGUGUAUAUAAAAAAAAUCAGAAUCAGAUUCUUCUUCUUCUAUCAAGCAGAGAAAAGUAAUCAGAGAAAGAAUUUAAGUUUAAGCAUCAACCACAGACCAGUCCUAAUGUUUCCUCAUGUUGUGGCUAAAAUUGAUUGCAUUUUUAAAAGCACAGCUCACUAUUAAGAAAAACUUAAAAACUUUUAAAAAAUAUUUUUUAAAUUCAGAUUUUGCACAGGACAGAGCUGUAAUAUAUUGUUUUCCAGGAUCAGAAAAUCCAUAAUUUAAAAACAUUAAAUGACAGUUUGAGUCAGACUCACAGUCCUGUGAAUUAUUGUUUUUCCUUGUGAUGAUGUUUGGUCAUUCCUGAUUUUACAGAUACAAAAUGAUGACAAAAACUUUACAUGAAUCCUUUUACAGUCAGAAACAACAAAUAGAUAAUAGAUAAUUAACUUAUUCCCCCUCAGAAAUAAACCCAAAUAACACUUGUCCUUGUUCUAUUUUGUCCCAAAUCCUGGGACACUUCGCUGUCGUUAAUCUCCCUUGUCUCCUUUUACUCCACCUUUAUUUAAGAGCAAUCCCAAAGAGAGAGUCAGAUUGAUUGAGACCUAUACAUUCUUGGCGAACAAAAAAUAAUUCAGUGAGACAUUUGUGGUACGGACCAACAUUCCCGAGAAGUGCUGUUGAAAUUCCGAUUCGAGAGUGCGGUGUUGGCCACACAGAGUCUGUCUGUGGGAGACAUCCUUCAGUGUAUUUAUCACCGGCCAAGAAACUUCCUGUAAAUACAUUAUUGUUUACAACAGAAGUUUCAUACCCGGGAUUUGGUAAGGUCAACAUUUCUUCUGGCACACUGAGCUGGAGCUGCACUUUAUUCCCCUUUAAUUUAACAGCUCCGGCAGCUUUUCUAGUUAAAUCGACUGUUCAUUAUUGAGACCCAUUUUACGAAGGGGCUGUGAGGUGCAAUUUAAUGAAUCUCUGGCACAAAGCUCCCUUUCACUGCCGGGCAAAGAAUAGAGGCUAUUUAGACCCUGUAGGGCUUUAUGUCAAAGGCAGCCCAUAAUAGUUGUCAGGCCAGGGCAGAAAUUCCCACUGGCCUGGGAAUGCACAAGAAAUCAACUUUUGCCAUGAGCAGAUUAAGACACAAGCGAGCGGUCGAAAAGAUUCCCCCAAACGGUGGCAUCUGUUUGGGCACUAAGAUUUUCCCAGACACACGAAAAAGUCUUUUCUCUUUACUGUAAAACGCCUUUUUAUUUUACAGCUCUGUUUGUUUCGGUUCCUAAAUGUAAUGAGAUUAGAAGUUAAUUUUGGUUUAGUGUUGGGACUGGAAGUAGGCGUGCUAAUCGAAUGCCGGGAUAAAGCAGGAAUCAGAUGAAUAAUGGUGAAUCAUUGACUUUGAGGAAUACUUUAUUUUUUUUGCGUCGGACCACACAAACUUCCUGACAGGGAAACCCGUCCGGCUGCUCCUCUGCCCUCUGCUGCCAAUAUCCUCCGCUUUCCUGACGUGGGUUCUGGUCCAGAGCACACACAAACAGUUAAAGUAGAGGGGGAGUUUCCUAACAGGGCUUAUUGUCUUCUACUCUGCAGGGAAUUUUAGACAAAUCCCCUCUUAGAUGCAGGUGGUCGGACACAAGCAAAGAGUUAAGUCCCCGGGCCCUGUGCCCCUCCUCUUUGAUGUUCUGACAUCAUUUGUCCAGCCCCCUGUAAGAUCUCCCUGCUGCUCACAGCCCGUCACUUUUAAUCGGGAAUGUUUACAGGAAGCAGUGUCAGGGAGUGAAUGUUUUCCUCGAGCACAGACGGAGACAUGCUUUGAAGAAAGUUUGGGUUCAGGGAUCACAGCAGGUGAAGCGGCCGAGCUCCGAAGCAGAGUGAUGGCUGUUCAGACUGCAAUCAUGAACCCUCAGUUCAUGAACUUCUGCUUCCCCGGGUCAGUGAUGGAGUAUGACGUGGACAAGAGUCUGGACGGGAGUCUUCUGGGUGAGGCAGAAAAUGAUGAAGACUACAAGGAGACCACCCGGGACCUGCUAAACUUCAUAGACUCGGCCUCCAGCAACAUCAAGCUGGCUCUGGACAAGCCGGUGAAAUCCAAGAGAAAAGUGAACCACCGGAAGUAUCUCCAGAAGCAGAUCAAAAGAUGCACAGGCAUCAUCACACCAGGAACUGGGGCAGAACCCCCAGGAAAGAGGCAGGGGUCUCCUCUGGCCCAGCCCAGCCCCCUGCAGAACAAAACUCUACCUAAGCGUGACGGGGUCCAGGCCAACCUACAGAGCAAGAGCCUGGCAGCUCUUUUCAGCCCAGCCAAGGAAAUAAGGGGUGAGAAAGCCAAGAAGCCGCCCCUGAGGCACCGCAACCUGCCCCCUUCCUUUUUCACCGAGCCGGCCAACUGCUCCAAAGUCAGCUCCACCUCUGGGAUGACACUGAAGGAUCUGGAGCGAGGAAACCCUGAGGCCGUGGAGUUCUUCGAGCUCCUGGGCCCCGAUUAUAGCAACAUGGUCAGCGAUCAGGACCUUUAUCCAAACAGCAGCCUGCGUCUGCAGCCCGAGAUGGGAACUCUGGAUCCUGCCUGCUACGACUCUCACCAUUUGGUCGGUGGUCUCCUGUACUCAGAGCCCUGGACUAGCUGCUCUGGACCCUCUAAGAACCUGCGGGCUAGCCCAGCCCAGCCUCCUGUCUACUGUCAGUCUGAGGCCGCCGCCGCCGCCGCCGCUGCUGCUGGGAACAUGGACGACAACGCACUGUGCACUUUGACCUUUCCCAACUUCUUCACAGACUGCUCCAUACCUCAGGUCACAUAUGAUUUAAACGGUGGCUACAGCAGAGCUAAUUAUUCAUCUCUAUGAGAAACGGACGACGCUGUGGUUCAGUGUGCCAAAAUGAAGCAGAUACAAAAGUUUAACAUUAGUCUGAGAGAGCUGGACAUUUUUGUAAGCAAUUAUAAAACAUUUCAAACUUUUUUUUUUCAUCACCUGUGCUCUGUUUUAUGUGGGUGUGAGUCUGCUGGCUCUCAGGAAGUUCUUUCAUGAAAGUUAAGUGGACUCCAGGAACCCUCACCACUGUGGUGUUCAGAACACCAGAAAACAACUUUUUUUUUUCACAGUUUGACAGAAAUGCUGCAACAAUCUUUCAGCCAGGCACUUUUCUCAGAAAACAAACUUUUAUUUUGAAAUAAUCAAGAUUGACAGCAUGUACAGACACCUUGUCCACCAUUUUUAGAUUAUUUUCUCUCCACCCCAGAAAGACUUGACAUAUUUAGAUUUUGUUAGAUAACAAUAAAGCUGGUCUUUAUUACCGUGAGAACGAGUCUUGAAUUUUCAUUUGCUAUCACAGACGUGGGAUCAAAAUACAUCAACACCUGAAAAAGAAAAUGUUUGUUUCCAACCUAAAUCCUAUAUUUGUGGGUCAUUUUUUGCUAAAUUGAUAAAUUCAGUUUUU